GUCCCUUCUACUCGCUGGGAUAAGAACAACCAGUCUAGCUAGGGUUAAGUGGCGCACAGCACUGCCAAUUCUAUCCUUAGGGGCCAGACAGUAAGCAGCCAUCUAUAUAGUCCCGGGGGAGGGGAGCAGUGAUACUAUGAAAUAUCACUUAACUCCUUACACUCCAUGGGACGGGCGCUUUGGGUAUAAUGACCUGAACUGACAGCUGGAUCAUCAGACUUGCGGUCAGUUGGGGACAUGUGACCAUAAUAUAGAGGAUCUGCCCCGACAAGUAUUCACCUCAUCAUCCGAGAGCAAGAAGAUAAAUCAUGUGCAGGAAUAUCCCCUCAAAUGUCUCCAUAUAACAUCCUGGAAUUGUAUAGAAUUAAAUGUUUAUUCACAAUACAGGUUCCUAUAAGGUGUCAGGACGUGGCGGUCUAUUUCUCCAUGGAGGAGUGGGAGUAUGUAGAAGGACACAAGGAUCAGUACAAGGAUCAGGUCAUGAUGGAGGAUCAGCAGCCCCUCACAUCACCAGUCAGAUCCAGUAAGAGAACAGCACCAGAGAGGUGUCCCCGUCCUCUUCUUCCACAGGAUGAUCAGGGUGAAGAUCCGAACAAUAUUAAAGCUACAGAGACAGAUGUGAGCGGCGAUGAGCAGGAUAAGGAGAACUUUCCUACGGAGAAAGAUCUGAUCUAUAUUAAUGCUACAGACAUAAAGGAAGAAGAAGAGACAGAUGUGAGCAGUGAUGAGCAGUAUAAGGACAUUCCUACAGGGGAAGAUCUGAUCUAUAUUAAUGCUCCAGAGACAGAUAUGAGCGGUUAUGAGCAGUAUAGGGAGGACAUUCCUACAGGGAAAGAUCUGAUCUAUAUUAAUGCUACAGACAUAAAGGAAGAACAAGAGACAGACGUAAACAUUGAUGAGCAGUAUAAGGAGGACAUUCCUAUAGGGAAAGAUCUGAGCUAUAUUAAUGCAACGGACAUAAAGGAAAAACAAGAGACGGAUGUGAGCAGUGAUGAGCAGUAUAAGGAGGACAUUCCUACAGGGAAAGAUCUGAUCUAUAUUAAUGCUACAGAUAUAAAGAAAGAAGAAGAAGAGACAGAUGUGAGCGGUGAUGAGCAGUAUAAGGAGGACAUUCCUACAGAUAACUGCACUGAUUCUUGUAGCAGGAGAUCAGAGGAGAAUCUUAUAUCUUCAGAUUAUAAAGCAGAUGAUGAUAUCACACAAGAUACAUAUGAAGAACAUUCCAUUAUCCCAGAUACACCCUCAGCCCUUCACAGCCAAGAUCUGUCAUCUCAUCCUUAUAUACAGGUCCUGUCUUCUCAGUCAUCACAGGAUGUUCAGCAAAAUAAAAGCCACAGAAGGGGUGUUGGACAUCAACGAGCUCAUACAGGAAAGAAACAAUAUUCAUGCUCAGAAUGUGGGACAUGUUUUACUUUUAAAUCAGGUCUUGUUGUACAUCAGAGAACUCACAAAGGAGAAAAGCCGUUUUCAUGUUCAGAAUGUGGGAAAUGUUUUACUCAGAAAUCACAUCUUGUUACACAUCAAAGAACUCACACAGGGAAAAAGCCAUUUUCAUGCUCAGAAUGUAGAAAAUGUUUUACUCAGCAAUCACAUCUUGUUACACAUCAAAGAACUCACACAGGAGAGAAGCCAUUUUCAUGUGCAGAAUGUGGGAAAUGUUAUACUGAGAAGUCAAGUCUUGUUCAACAUCAAAGAACUCACACAGGGGAGCAGCCAUUUUUAUGUUCAGAAUGUGGGAAAUGUUUCUCUCACAAAUCAAGUCUUCUUCAACAUCAAAGAAUUCACACAGAGGAGAAGCCAUUUUCAUGUGCAGAAUGUGGGAAAUGUUUUACUCAGAAAUCAGACCUUGUUGUACAUCAAAGAACUCACACAGGAGAGAAGCCAUUUGCAUGUGCAGAAUGUGAAAAGUGUUUUGCUAAUAAAUCACAUCUUAUCAGACAUCAAAGAAUUCACACAGGGAAGAAGCCAAUUUAUAUAAAGGAUGAAAAAGAAGAGACAGAUAUGAGCGGUGAUGAGCAGUAUAAGGAGGAUUUUCAUACUGAUAAACGCCCAGCAGCAGAAGUGUGCUGGGAUAAGGAAGCGCUGGUAGACACGUUCUCUCGUGGACUCUCCGAUAUUAUACAAGAUGAGAUUGUGUUUACUUUUAAAUCACGUCUUGUUACACAUCAAAGAACUCACACAGGAGAGAGGCAAUUUUCAUGUUCAGAAUGUGGGAAAUGUUUUACUUUUCAAUCAAGUCUUGGUAAUCAUCAAAGAACUCAUACAGGAGAUAGGCCAUUUUCAUGUUCAGAAUGUGGAAAAUGUUUUGCUCAGAAAUCAGAUCUUGUUAAACAUCAAAGAAUUCACACAGGGAAGAAGCCAUUUUCAUGUUCAAAAUGUGGAAAAUGUUUUACUCAGAAACAACAUCUUGUUGGACAUCAAAUAACUCACACAGGAGAGAAGCCAUUUUCAUGUUCAAAAUGUGGGAAAUGUUUUACUUAUAAAUCAAGUCUUGUUAAACAUCAAAGAACUCACACAGGGGAGAAGCCAUUUUUAUGCUCAGAAUGUGGGAAAUGUUUUACUAAGAAAUCAAUUCUUGUUCAACAUGAACGAACUCACACAGGAGAGAAGCUGUUCUCAUGCUCAGAAUGUGGGAAAUGGUUUACUAAUAAAUCACAUCUUGCUGUACAUCAAAGAACUCACACAGGGGAGAAACCAUUUUCAUGUUCAGAAUGUAGAAAGUGUUUUACUGACCAAUCAAGUCUUGUUAAACAUCAAAGAACUCACACAGGGGAGAAGCCAUUUUCAUGUUUAGAAUGUGGUAAAUGUUUUACUGACAAAUCAAGUCUUGCUAAGCAUCAAAGAACUCACACAGGGGAGAAGCCAUUCUCAUGCUCAGAAUGUGGGAAAUGUUUUACCCAGAAAUCAAGUCUUGAGAGACAUCUAAGAAUUCACACAGGAGAGAAGCCA